CCCUCAACUUCCAGUCCACGCCUGUCGACAUAACCUAUAGCUAACCUCACUUUAGCACACAUGUAAACAAGGGGUGAUAGCGUGAGCCUUAAGCGAUUGCUUCAAAAUGCCUAAAGUGAGGGUUGAGAAGAAAAGCCGGGUGCAUCAAGAGGUGGCCAAGCAAGGUAUAACGUUCAACAAACAGUUCGGGCAGCACAUUCUGAAGAACCCCAUGGUUAUCACGUCGAUGGUGGAGAAGUCCGCUAUCAGAUCCACGGAUACAGUGUUGGAAAUCGGUCCUGGAACCGGUAACAUGACGGUGCGACUGCUGGAAAAGGCGAAAAAGGUGGUAGCGUGCGAAAUUGAUACACGACUGGUAGCUGAGCUGCAAAAGCGCGUGCAGGGCACCCACUUGCAGUCGAAGCUGGAAAUUUUAGUCGGCGACGUUCUCAAAAGGGAGCUGCCCUUUUUCAACAUUUGCGUAGCGAAUAUUCCCUAUCAGAUCUCGUCGCCUUUGGUGUUUAAGCUGCUGUUGCAUCGGCCGUUUUUCCGGUGUGCUGUCAUCAUGUUCCAGCGGGAGUUUGCCCAAAGAUUAGUAGCCAAACCUGGCGAUAAACUCUACUGUAGACUAUCGGUGAACACCCAGCUCCUGGCCAGAGUCGACAUGCUUAUGAAGGUGGGUAAAAACAACUUCAGGCCGCCCCCCAAAGUGGAAUCUUCAGUAGUGCGAAUCGAACCCAGAAACCCGCCGCCUCCAAUACCGUAUAUUGAAUGGGACGGUCUUACUAGAAUAGCAUUCACAAGAAAAAACCGAACUUUAGGGAGCGCCUUUAAACAGUCGGCGGUUCUGGCCGCUCUGGACAAGAACUACAAGCUCCAUUGCAGCCUACACAACGAAAAUGUGCCGGAGGACUUCAACUUGAAGGCCAAAUUGGAGGAGAUUCUGCUGAAAGCGGACGCAGCAGAGAAAAGGGCCAGGACAAUGGAUCAGGACGAUUUUAUGAGUUUGCUUCAUGCAUUCAACAGUGAAGGCGUUCAUUUCUCGUAGCCAGGCUCCAAAGAUGUGGUUGAUGUUUGUGGCGAGAGGGAUAAUAUAAAAGUAUUUUUGUUU